ACAGAAAACACUGGGAGCAAGCGGCUGCACUGCUGUACAGAGGAAUAACCCGAGGAGCUGCACACACACAGGCGUCUGAGCUGAAGGACGACCAAAACAUACUGACUAAAGCAGACCUCACCUUCCCAAAAUGGCGUCCGUGGUUCCGUUCUCACGCAGACAGUGGGCUUCUCAGUCUCUUCGUGUCACCGCUAAAGAACUGUCCAUCGUCCGAGGAAAGAACAGCUCCAUCGCAGAACGUUUCAGCAAGUAUCAGAUGGCGGCAGAAGAAGGCAAUGCUGAGAAGAAGAAAAUGAUUGAAAAACCUCUGACUCUGAGUUCUGGGAAUCUGAGCACUUUGAAGAAACGUUGGGAAGAACCAGAGCAGAGCCAGGACCCUCCUCACCCCUUCCCAGUAAACCCUCUCGUCCAGCGGGCACUCCUCACUCACUCUGCCCCCAGAACUACAGAGUCACUCCCGCCCAGACACCAGAGCGAAGGAGGCAUGGACUCUCCUCAGGGAGCACCCCAGGGAGCACCUCAGGGAGUACCCGAGCUAGUACCACAGGAAGAGAGGCCGAGUGUCCCCCUAAACAGCCUCAAGAAGAUGUUCGAACAGGGCUCGGAGCAGACGGUCAGAAGCAGUAGCAUGGACACUCUCCUCACAGCUGACGACAGCCUGUCAGAGUCCACUCCUCUCAAAGACCGAAUGGCCUUGUACCAGGCGGCCAUCUCCAGAGAGGCCACGCCCACUUCAGGCGAGCAGGUCGACGGCGUCUGUGGGAAACAGAAAGAAAACGUGCCUCCGUUUAAUCUGGAAAUGAGCCCAGAGUCUGAAGCUUCAGUCAGCAGAAAGAUCUUCACUCCAGAGAAGAACGGAGCUGCUGCUUCUCUGAUUAACAAAGAUUCUCCUCUCGGUCGGACGCCCAGGAGCUUUGGUGCGUCUCGAGAGUCGUGCGUCUCGUGCCAGAAAACAGUUUAUCCUCUGGAGCGACUCGUGGCCAAUCAGAGCGUCUACCACAACGCCUGCUUCCGCUGCGCCCACUGCAACAGCAAACUCAGUUUGGGGAACUAUGCUUCUCUGCACAAUAACGUCUACUGCAAACCUCACUUCUGUCAGCUGUUCAAGGCCAAAGGAAACUACGACGAGGGCUUUGGACACCGGCCGCACAAGGACCUGUGGGGGCCCAAAGCUGAAGGAGACCCAGAACAGAGCACUCCGACCAGGCUACACCUGCAGGAACACAGCCCCUCCUCCACCAAGGGACCAGUGACAGGACCGGAGGAGGACCAGAGUCCUUGUGUGGAGGAUUCACCGCUCGCCAAAGUCACCGACCUGACCGCCAGCAUGGAGGCUCGGGGUCAGGGGUCAUCUCCGGACAAAAACCAGGACAAACCAAGUGAGACCAGAAGACUGAAGAUCUCAUGGCCUCCUAAGACUGAACUAGACAAGACCAAGACUGAGGGUCCAGACGAGGAGGGCGGUUUCCAGACCUGCGCUAAAGCCGUCAAAGCAAAAUGGCCGCCGGAAGAGAAGGAAGAGGAGGAGGUGAAAGAGGCGAGAGAGGAGGAACAGAGGGAGGAGAGGGAGGAGCGAGUCCCAACCAGCCCAGAGUCUAUGGAGGAGGACAAGGCCAGUGCUAGUCCGAUGGAGGAGGAGCGGAGCCUAGAGCCCAGCGCACAGUCCUCCCCCAGCCACACCCCCACAGAGGACAGCUGUGUGGACGUCCACAGCGGCUCAGAGGACGAGCCCGAGAGAGACCUGAGCGACCCAGCCCACAAUCCAUGUGGGGCAGAGGAGAGAGAGGAGGAGGAGGAGGAGGAUGGUCUGCUGAAUGAGCCACUGGAGCCCAAACAACCCCCCAACAUGGUCUCCUCUGAGGGGGAGGUGGAGGCCAGCCGCUCCUCUCAGGACGUGGGGUUUUGGGACAGUGAGGAGGUGGAGGACAAAGAGGAGCCGACUGUGGAAGACCUGAUCAAACGGAACCGAUACUACGAAGAGGAGGAAGAGAACGCAUGAACGAUUCAAAGGAGGAGGAGAAUGGUGAACAAAGCCUAAAACAGACUUACGAACUGAGCAACUGCAAAACGAUAUAUCUGCAAGAGUUAAAAUGACUUGAGCUCACAAUAUUUACUUUUUAUUUGAAUAAUUUGGACUAGUUUAGAAGUUCAGAUGAUUGGACCGAUUGGAUUAAACACCAUUAUUAUAAAAGCUCCUGGUAUGAGGAUUAUUAUUACUCAAAAUGGUGCCAAAAUUCCAAAACAUUAAAAUUAUGUUAAUGUAAAAACACAAAAAAAUGAGGACGAAACAGAUCAUGUGUGUCCCUUAUUGGCUAAUCCACCUGUCAAUCACGCCCCUCACGUCUUCAAGAAGUGUAUGUUCUGAAUCUCAGGCAAACGACCUGCUAAAGUUAUAAGAAAAUCAAACUUGAAAUUUAGAAAACCACUGGAAUUCCUUUUAUAACGUCCGUCCAUCCAGUCUAAGCAGGGACUCACAGACUUCCCCCACCCCAGACACUUCCUCCAGCUCCUCCAGUGGCAUCCAGAGGCGUUCCCAUCCUUUCAAAAUCAAAACCUAAUAAAGUAAAUUCAUAAAAAUGAGUCCAAACUACUCAAUAUUUUGAAUUAAAGUCAUUUAAACUCGUGUCAUUUUGCAGUGGUGUAUACUGUGCCUGUUGUGUCUCAUUGGGACAUUCAAAGCCAUUCCUACAGUUUCUACUUUUUCUGCUGUAGCUCGUGAUGCUGCGAGAAUCUUUUUAAAUAAAUAAUAAAAUAAUUUUGCACCAAAGUGUUAAAAUUGUCAAAAAUCUUCCAAGAUAUUUUACUAAACUGGAAAUGUGUUUUUGCUCUGCCAUUUUUAACGAAACGCUGCAAAAAAAAACAAAAAAAAAAAAAACUAGAUUGAUUCAAAUGAGUUGUAUUUAAAGCUGCACUAUGUAACUUUUCUGGUACGCUGCAUGCUUGUCUCCACGGAGAAUUUUCUGCCUUGCCAGCUGGGAUGUUCCACAGUAUGGCAUUAAACCUGUAUAUCUUGCAUUCGUUCAGUUACAUGUUUUAAAUUGCCUUGAAAAUAACACGUGUUUUUACUGUGAACUCGCUGUUCCACAGAUCUGAACUGGAACUUUACCUGCUUCUCUUCAUGGGGAUUUAAGUUAAGUUUAAUGCCAUUCUUUGGAACAGUCCAGGCAAAGCGAUAACAUCUCCAUGGAGACGCACGACCCCAGUAGAAAAGUUACACAGAGUGGCUUUAAAUAUUCAUCUUGGUUUAAGUAGUUGUGACGUUUUUAGACUUUUUAGGGAAAAUCCAGUUCUUCUCAUGACACAAAUAUUUCACAUAUUUUUAAAUUUCAGUCCAAACGGUAAGAACAUUUUAGAUAAACAUAAUCUGUAAUGUUAAAGUUAAAAUGGUGAUGAUUUGAGUAAACUUUGUCUAGUUUAGACCUAAAGACACGUGCUGCCGGGCCAAGUAAAAAGGGGGCGUGGCCAAAGCUCUCAAAACUAUAUUACUCUCAUCUCUAUGCAUUUGACCCAAACUGCACUCACAACACCACACCAGCAGGGGGAGCUCAUGCCAAAACUGCUAUUUAUACAGAAACAAGUACAAGCAAACAAUGCAUUUAUAUAAAGACAGAUUAAAAUAUGAAUCCGUUUAAUCUGACUUUAUUCAAUUAAUCGGUCAAUUAAAAAAAAAUAAAAAAAAACAACUAAAGGACUACAGCUCUAGUGACAAAAACAUAUACUGCCAAUGACUUGAACUUAAAUCGUGUCCGUCUCUCCGUUUUAAACUUGUAAAAAUGCUGUUUUUUUCCCAGUGGCUGUUUUUUUCCAGUGUCUUCAAUUGUCAAAAACGACUUCAACCAAAUGCUACUUGAAUCAAAAUGAAUAUUCUGAUUUCAGGUCAAUGUGACUUUAGUUUUUUUGCAGUUAAAGUUCCGGCUCUUUGUGACGUUUAAAGCUUCGCACUGAUCGCGUCGGGAACAUUCCAGGUGUUCACUUUAGCCUGUGUUAUGUAGGUUUCAUUUUAUGUGUUAAUCUGGGGACAUGUUUUUAUCAUGGGGUCCAACAUAAAUAAAUUGUAUAAAAAUCACCUG